GGGGGAAGAGGGGGAAGUCUGUGAUAAAGAAAAAAAUCAAAGGCUGAUAGAGUAACUCACUAGAAAUAGUUUCACUUCUACACAAGCCACAGAUACCAUCUAAAAAAAAAAAAGCAACCCACAGAAAGGAAACUGGAUGAGCACGUUACAGAUUGGAAGUGGGAAUCAGAACAAAGUGUUUGUUACUGUUCUUCACCAGAAAACUGGACUGAAUCUUCUGCAAGGUGGAGAACAAGCAAAGCAGAAUGCAAGGUAACUGGCUUUUGGUUUUGAGUGUCAUCUUGUUAAUAUGUGCAGCUCAUGGAUGUCCUGACAAAUGCCUAUGCUAUACAGCUUCAAAGACUGCAGACUGCAAGAAUAGAGGAUUUACUGAAAUCCCUGCCCGUUUACCUCCUGAAAUUCAGAUACUACAGUUGCAGAAUAACCGUAUUUGGAGAAUCAACCAAAAUGCAUUCACUGGAACACCUUUGCUCAAAAUCUUAGACUUGUCUAAUAAUUCUCUCUCAAGUUUGACACCAGGUGCUUUCCAAAAAUUACGGUACCUACAGGUUCUAAACCUAACCAGAAAUUUAAUUCAUUAUAUAGAAAACAAGACUUUCAGUUUCCUCCCACACCUAAAAGAACUGGACUUGUCAUCCAACAGCAUUAUACAUUUACCUGAGACUUUUGGAAACAGCACAGGGAAUAUAACAUUGCUGUCUGUGAAGCAUAACAAACUUCAUAAAAUGGAAAGAGUUCUGCUGGAGUCACUUCCAAACCUGAAAGUGGUUCUUUUCAAAGAUAAUCCCUGGCAAUGUAAUUGUAAUGUCUUUGGCCUGAAACUGUGGCUGGAGAGCUUUUUAUACAGAGGAGGAAUAAGUGAUGGCAUUAUCUGCUCAGCGCCAGGGAUUCGGAAGGGAAAGGACCUCCUCAAAGUUCCCUAUGAGCUGUUUGGGGCAUGCCCUCUAACGACAGCUCACGUUCAUCUGGCUAGCGUUCACCACCAUAGCUUUGAGCACAGAAGUUCUCUGAAGCACGCUCAUCACAAUGAACACGGGGAAAACAGCCGUUCGAUCUGUGAACCCAAACCAAAGCCAAGGCCUGUUAGUUUGCGUCAUGCAAUUGCCACUGUAGUAAUAACUGGAGUUGUCUGUGGAAUUGUGUGUCUAAUGAUGUUGGCAGCUGCUGUUUAUGGUUGUGCCUAUGCUGCAAUUACUGCUAAAUACCACAGAGAACAUUUGGCCCCGGUCAGACAGCAUGGGACUCCGGAGGAAAAAGAGCCAUUUGAUAGUUCCUUGGCUUGAGUUACUUCUGCAUUUGGUUUCUUCAAAAUAAGGCCCUCACUUCAGAUAAAAAGCCUGGAAUCUAAAUAGGAUUGAUUUAAUAGUCAUUACUGCUUUUUUUUUUUUUCCACUUUUUUUCAUAAUGUAAAAAUGUAUAUCCUUUGGAAUAUAUAUUAAGACUUCAUGUAGAAGAACGUAUGUUUAUUUAUGUUUUGUGUAUGCAUAUUCUGAAGACCCUAUUUAACGCUCAGUGUUUGAGAUAAUGAAAUCUUGAUGUAGCCACUUUAAAGUAUUCCAUUCUCCAUUACUAGCUCUUGAUGUAAUAUAACACAUGAGUUACAGUGCAGCUACAGUCAGUAGCUGACAUGAAUAUGAGUGAGCUUUCUGCAAAGAAAAACACAAAAUAGCUACAAAUGACUGACUAUAUUUUAAGAUCUUAGAAUACCUGGUAUGUAUCCAGAAAUACAAUUCACAAUAAGUUUUAGAACUGGCCAGUCUCUACACUGACACUAAUAACUUAAACAUGUGUUAAAAACAUUUCCAGGUACAUUUUUUCCACCUUCCAAUCCGCCCUAGAAGACAACAAUUAAACAUUAUAUCCGUUAUCUAACUUCGAAAAUAGGAAGUACCUUGUUAACUACGACAUCUAAUCUUUAAAUUACUUCGUAGGGAAGAAAGAAGAGAGCUGAGAAAAUGCUGAAAAAAGAAAAGCUACACUGUUUCAGAUACAAGCACUGAAAUGAGCAUAUUUAGCAUAUAUGAAGAGACACUACUCAUUAUCCUGUGGCCACACAUGCUUGCUACAGACAUUUACAAAGCUUCUUAUUCCCAAAUCCACACACAAGUGUUCCAUUUUGCAAAUACUGUGACUGCAGAUGCAGCUCCCAUCACAGUGCUGCCCUUCAGUACAAAGGAUAAUACAGUUGCAUGUUUACAUGUUCUCUCUCGCAGAGAGAACAUUCAGCUGAAUUCAUUCACCCUAACUUUCUGCAGCGCAGUUUUGCUCUCAGAUGAAAUCAGAGCCAAAACCAUUUGAGUAACAUAAGUUUAGAACAGAAAGAAUAUUUUGAACGCGCAGCAGUAUUUUUUAAAUAAUUCUUAGAAAUUAUUUUAAG